AUGAACGGAUAUAAUUCACGGAUCCCCGGAAUCCUCACCGGUGAGGAUCCGGAUUCCGUUUCAAGUCUUAGAGAGAUUGCUCGCAAGUCCACCGGAGGUAAGGCACCAAGGAAGCAGCUGGCAGCUAAGGCUGCUCGGAAAUCUGCUCCCCCGACCGGAGGAGUGAAGAAGCCUUAUCGAUUCAGGCCGGGAACUGUUGCCCUAAGGGAGAUCAGGAAGUACCAGAAGAGCACUGAGCUCUUGAUUCGCAAGCUGCCGUUCCAGAGCCUGGCGCGGGAGACCGCACAGGACUUUAAGACCGAUCUGAGGUUCCAGAGCAGCGCGGUGUCUACGCUCCAGGAGGCGGCAGAGGCGUACGUGGUAUACCACAGAGAGUUACUGGAGCACAUGCCUCCUCCCCCGCCUCCAAGGGUUAUUAUUCGCCGUCCACCUUCUUUGCCACAGGGUACCACAUUUUUGUAA